GAGAGUCUCGCGCGUGUGAAAACUCCGUGCACGAGCAGAGCUGAUCCGUGGAAGCGUUUCACUUCCUGGUGAACUAAAUUAAAAAAAAAAAAGAACAAAAAGUAAUUUAUUGACCGAGUUCUGAUCUGAUCCGGUCUGAUCUUCUCCUUUGUGCUGUAAUUGAAUUGGAUGGUGAGUGUGGAGGUGAAGGUGUGGAAGGAGAACCAGCUCGAGAAGGAGCUGCGCGUGCAGGAGCAUUUGCAGGAAUAAUAAUCAUAAUAAUAAUUAGAAUAAGAAUAAGAACUAUAACAGUAUUAUUAUUAAUAAUGAAGCGCUUUGGUGGGACAUUUUUACGCGUUUAACAGCGAACAGGAGGAUGCAGUGAGGAUUUCUCUCAUCCCUGAUUAAGGCGAUGUCUGAGUGUGUUUGAACGUCUGCCAUGGCACUAAAGGAGCUUCCUGUACCUGGAGUUAGAAUCACUGCUGCUGCUGCUCUGGUGCUCUGCUUAUUUGGUGGAGUCGGAUGUGUUCAGUCCACACUGCAGGUGAAACAAGGAGGUUCAGCGCUGCUCAGUUGUCCCCUCAGGGCUCCUGCGGAAGUUUCCUCGGCUCCGCUGCAUGUAGUCGAGUGGGUCCGUCGGGAUUACGACGUUCCCAUCCUCAUGAAGUUCGGAGCACAUCCACCACGAGUGCAUCCCAGAUAUGAAGGUCGGGUGUCUCUUGCCAUGGGGACGGCGAUGAGGGUGGAGAACCUUGUCCUGGAGGAUGAAGGCUGGUACGAGUGUCGCAUACUUCUGCUGGAUAAACCCUCAGAGGAAACACAGAACGGCAGCUGGAUGUUGCUCUCAGUCACAGCUCCGCCUAUAUUCAGCGAAACUCCACCCUCAAUCACAGAAGCCUUUCUCGGCAGACCAAUCACAUUGAAGUGUGUUGCCCAUGGCAACCCUCCUCCCACCAUCAAAUGGUAUAAAGAUGGUGUUGUAAUAAACCAGACCAGCAAUGUCACGGUCCUGAAUGGGAGUCUGACUUUCUCUUCUGCAAGCAGAGGGACAGUGGGGCGGUACCAGUGCCAAGCCUCUAACAGCGAGGGAAAUGAGAUUCACACCAUGCAGCUCAGGGUCAAAGGUCCUCCUGUUAUCCUGAUUCCCCCAACGGACACCGUCCUCAACAUGUCCCACGAUGCCUUGCUGCGCUGCCAGGCUGAGGCAGAUCCUCCCAACAUGACCUACGUGUGGAUGAGAGAUGGAGAGAACGUCUAUCAUAUAGAAUCUCUGAAGUCUCGUGUGAAGGUGCUGGUCGACGGCACUCUACUCAUAUCCAGUUUAAUCCCAGGGGAUUCUGGGAAAUACACGUGCAUGCCCAUGAAUGGACUCCUGACUCCGCCCACUGCUUCAGCCACGCUUACAGUGCGACACCCUGCCCAGGUGACCCAGAUGCCCGAGCAGAUCUUCCUCCCUACAGGAAUGAGAGGCGUGAUCUCCUGCCCGCUGGUAUCUGAACCCCCGCUGCUCCGAGUGGACUGGACCAAAAACGGAAAAGCGCUGGAUCUCAACGCUUACCCAGGCUGGAUCCUGACAGCAGGCGGUUCCAUCGUUAUCACCACGGCGAAUGAUGAUGCAGUGGGCGUGUACACCUGCACGCCAUAUAACAGCUACGGGACGAUGGGCCAAUCAGAACGCACCAGCGUCGUCCUGCAGGACCCUCCGUCUAUCGCACUCGCUCCGAGUCAGGAGUACAGGGCCGAGGUGGGGAGCUCGCUGAUUAUCCCCUGCCAGGCACACGGGGAUCCGCCCCCUAAAGUCACAUGGACUAAGCUCAGUCCAUCUGUCUCUCGCCCUCUGUACUCCGUAUCAGCGAAAGGCUCUCUGCUCCUUCCGUCUCUGAGUAAAGAGCAUUAUGGCAAGUGGAACUGCAGUGUGAUGAACCGAGUCGCCAACAUCACUGCCACCACCACCAUCACAGUGUUUGGUACGAGUCCUCAUGCUGUGUCCUCCGUGUCCAUUGAAGUCGGAGUAAACCAGGCCAAUGUGUCCUGGGUGCCUGGAUUUGAUGGAGGAUUCACACAAACCUUCACUGUCUGGUUGAAGUGUGUGUGUGGAGUUGAGGCGCAGCAGAAGUGGCACUCAGCUCCAGGUCCGUCCUCCAGCACCAGCAUGUUGGUCAGUGACCUCCUUCCCUCCACUGAGUACCAGUUCAACGUGAUGGCUCACAACAAGCUGGGCAGCGGCCCUUUCAGUGACAUCACCACUGCCCGAACCAUGGACGCACUUCCUAUAUCAUCCAAGCUGGAGCCGCCCACACUGCUAUCCUUCAACCAGAGCUCUGAGGGUGUUUACCUACGGUGGACGGUGCCAUCGCCUCAGCAACUACCUAUCGAUGGUUUUGUCCUCCAGUCACGUCUUGAACAGGGGGAGUGGAAGACGUUGGAUGGGGACAUCAGUGUGAAUAAGAGUGAAAUGCUUGUUCAGGGUUUACAAAAGAACCGCAACUAUGAGCUAAGACUCCUGUCUCGCCGAGGAGAGCAGCUGAGCAUCCCCAGUCAUUCGAUCAAUGUCUCCACUCUGGCCGUGGAUGCGCCUCCUCCAGGUUCACGCCUCCCAGGGGCAGAACCCCAGCCACUAUGGGCUGGAGUCAUGAUUGGGAUGGGUGUCCUGUGCCUUUUUCUUCUGACAGUUUUGGUUACAGUGUGUUUAAUUGGCCGUAAAAGAAAUCAACGACACAGGAAGAUGAUGCGGGAUCACUCCUCGCCACCAUCUAAGAAAGCUGGCUCAGCCCCUGACAGCCCUGACAGCGUACUAAAACAGAAGCUCCUCCCCCUUCGCCCACUCUCCACUUCCUCCUCCUCCUCCUCAGACCACUCCUCCUUGGACAAAUCCAACCGUAACGAUAGUCCUGACCAAAAACAGCACCAACUUCCACGUAUUCAACCCCCUUCCCAGGGUUCAGUAUGUGAGAGUCACCUCCAUCGUGCCUCCACUGUAGAGCUCAUUCACCGUGGGCCAGAUGGCCGAUUCAUGCUUGAGCCUUAUGAAGAAUUUAGCACUUCAGUUUCUGCUCCAUCCAAGCAUGAAAUAUCAAGGCAAGGCUUUUCACGUUCAUCUAAGCAACCUGGUGAUGCCACAGUUCGUAAAUCCCAAUCUUUAAACUCUUACAGGAAUGAAAGAAGGCAUCCUCCUUUUGUCCUUUCUGUGGACAUGCCCUAUUGUGGAUUGGACAUUUCUCCAUCUGGCAGAGCAAAAACAUUGCCCAGUUAUGGCUGCUACUCUGUGUCUCUGGGACAGGAGAUCUCAAAUAGAUCAAGUCUGGCCUCUGAGACCAGUGGUUCGGUUCUCUACCCACCAUCGGACAGCUGUCCAACGCUGAAACGUGCUGGCACUCGUUCUACAGCCAGCACUCUUGUUCUGCAAAUGGAGCAUGAAAAAGAACAAGGUAACCUUAGCCGCUGUCUUAGGCUGGCCCAAGAGAGAGAGGAGCUGGAGCGAGAGUUGCGCAAGUACACUCUAGAUCGGAACUUUGAAGUCAAGAGAGGUGGGUCACUCCGAGUGGAGUGCAAGAGGGAAAUUGAGGAUAAUGAGGAAACAGCCUGGAAAAGAAGAGGAAUAGGAUCCUUGCAUGUUACACAACUGUCCAACAGAGGGCAGUCUCUAUCCAGGAACACUAUUUAUCCAAGAGUAAGAGCUUCCUCUUGUAUUCCUUGGGAGGCUGGAUAUAUAAUGUCUCCCAGUAAUCUAGUGCAAGAACAGAAUCCCCAUGAAAGGACUUUUGAGUGCCCGAAGGAUUCUCAUUUAAGCCUAAUGUCAAGCCACAGGAGGUCUAAAAGUCUAGAGCGAGGGGAGCACCAAAGAUCAUGUGUUAAAGACCAGUGGCGCAGGCGAACCAUGACUGAAGGUGCCCCUGUCAAUUUUGAUAAUAAACAUUUAGAUCCAACAUCGGAAAGAUCUCAUUAUAGUGUGGAGAGCAGCCUGAAGAAUCCUGGAGCCUACAGUCACAGUCAACUACGUAUUUUCCCAAGAAUGAGUCACCUAAGAGAUGCACAGCAAGAAGGAACAGCAGAGAAAAGCAGACUGCAGGCUGGCUCUCCGAAUGAUUACGUGGAGAUGUGUGUGGAUGAGCCAGAGAUACAGGCUCAGGCUCCCCUAACAAGGCCAAUGUCGCGGCCCAUGGAUUCUCAGAGACCCAGUUUAUAUCAGCUGCAGAUGGAGACAGAAAGACAAUCAGGGUACAAAACCAUUCAAAGAGGCUUGAAAAGAGACCUGGAGAAGAUGAGUAGUGGGUCAAGCAGAACCCUUCCUUCAAAACAUCAACAAAAGCCAGCUUUCCAAAAUGGUCUUAGUGGGGGGUCCCAAGAUGUAAAUCAUCACAAAAGUGCCCCUAGUUUGGAUGAUAAAAUGUACAGUGAGCAAUUCCUGCCACCUGAUGCCUGGAUUGACUCACUAAGCAUGGGGCCAAAUUCCUCCCUGUCUCCUUCUCCAAGUGGAAAGGAGAACCGGACAACACAGAGUCAAGAAACUAAACCAUGUGAACCUUCAGAAAUUCAGCUUCAAGACGCCCAUCAUCAGCAGGCCACUAAUAGUGCCUCUACUGCUGACCAAGACUGUCAGCACCAUAGUCCGCCUUCCAUGCCUCUCGAGGAUUCAAGCUGGCCUCCAAUGCAUUGCUACUCCCCAGAACCUGAGGGAAGUUGCCGGAGUUAUGCCAGCCAAAGCAGUGGCAGAGGAAGUCUGGAUCAACCGAGCAGCAGGCAGUCUCUAUCUUUUAGUCCCCCUUUAAACAGCUCCCUAGAGAUCCCUGAAGAGAGCGAUAGAGAUGAGGCUGGCCAGCGCUCACUGCAGGAAUGCUCCAGGAGAGAUUCUGUUGAUGAGAACUACGAGUGGGACUCACACUACGUCUCCACGAACUCUAAUGACCCCAAAACAUCACUCAGCACAGUCUGCCUGAAGGGGGAGAUCCUGAGCAAAGGAAGACAGAGGAGUGCUGUGAAUGAUGGCAGGCUGGCUCUAAAGCAGGAAAAGAGAGGACUGUACCACUCGGUGAGCAUUUUGCCCCCCAGCUGCGAACAGUCUCUCCUGGAACAGGAAAUUCAGCACGGCUCCAUGUGCUACCCUGACUCUGGUCCUAAUCCUGAUGCUGUGCUAUUCUGAGUCUUAAUGGAUCCUGUGCACCAAGCAUGAUGGACCAGAGAGCAACGAUGUUAUCCUCAUACACAUCCAAACAUGACAGCAUUGACGACUUUGAUGAGAAAGCAACAAAGCAAAGCAGAACCAAGAAGCAGAACUUGAAGUUUCUUGAAGUUUCCUCAGCACGGAUAAGCAGUAAAAAGAAAAAAAAAUCACUUUCCGUUCCACUUUAUGCGACCUUAAUGCCUAUUAAGUGGAAAUAUGCAAAUGAAGGCAGCCCAAUAUUUUCCUGGACGAGUCCAGCCAUCAUGACAUCUCCGGUGACAUUUGGAUUCAGGAAUCAUUUCAGCAUGGAAUUGAGGAGAGCGACUCUGAUUGGUUGCACUCACCAGACUCAAAGGGUGAAGGAAAUGAAGCCGUCGUUUCAUCACUCUCCUGAGAUUACACUGAGAAGGAAAGUUACUCAAGAACCUGCUCGAAAUAAGCUGCUCUGAUCUUUUGACACUGUGAUUCACACGUCCUGUAUCUGAAGGGAAAAAAAAACAACGGUUUAUGCCAAGGAUGGAACAGGUUUAAAUUGAGCAAGGUUGCCAGUCCAGAUGGUCCGACUCGGGUAUUUUUGAGUUUGAGAUGCAGUUUGAAGCAGACUUUGUACACAGUGAUUAUCUGUGGACAUCAUUAUUGAUUGGUGCUCAGAGGCAGAGCGGUGGGAUUAAAGGGCUGGUCAGUUGUCAGGAAAAAAGUUAUCAAGUGAACGCUUUCUUUUUGCACUCAUUGCCUUUGAGAAUAACACAAGAGGAUGUGAACUGUGAUUGGUACUCUGAGGGCGUAAGAACUGAUCCAUUAUGCAAUAUAAUGUGAAAAUGGCUUGAUGGAAGGCAGAGUUUACUUUUUCAAAACAAAACUUACAUGAAGGAUUACAAUGAAAAGAACAACCAAGAUCACAUUAAACUGUUUAAUACA